AUGCACCCGCACCGUCCGGACCUCAACGGGCUGCCAAUGGACGAUGUGAUGCAACACAUGGAUUUGGACAUGUCCUCGCUUGAUGGGGCCGAGGGCCAAAACGGCGCCUUCGCCUUUGCCGACCCGCCAAUGCACCAGUCGACCGUACCACCCAACAGCACCAUGGGCACCGAGAUGCAAAUGACGGGCGCGGGCGCAGGCCCGCUGCCCACGGGCUUCGGCGCGCCCAACAUGAACCCCUCUGGCAGCACCCUGACCGAGUUCACCAAGCGCCGCAACUGGUCGCAGCGCGUCCUCGAGGAGCUGCGCGACCUGCUGCACAUCCUGACGCCCGACGGCCGCAUCCUCUAUGUCUCGGCCUCGUGCAAGGUGCUGACGGGCUGGGAGCCCUCGCACAUCAUGGGCCGCUUCAUCAACGAGUUCAUCCACCCCGACGACAUUGGCAUCUUCGUCAAGGAGUUCAACGAGUCCAUCGCUUCCGGCAACCCUCUGCGCUUCUUCUACCGCUUCCGUAAGACGGACGAUACAUGGAUCAUCUUCGAGUCCCACGGCCACCCGCACCUCAGCAGCGACACAAACACGUUUGCACCACCCAACUCGAUCAAUUGCCGCGGCUUCUUCAUGAUGGCCCGCCCCUAUCCGACCAAGAACGCCGCCCUGCUCGACUCGUUUCUCGAACACAAGAUUGAAAACGAGCGCCUCAUGAAGCGCAUAGCCGAGCUCAAGCGCGAGGAGCAGGACGAGCAGGACGACUGGGUCCGCAAGGCCGAGUGCGCCACGGCUUCGAUGACACCCUCGGAAUCCCACGUCACCCAAACCAUGAGCCAGGCCGAUGCCGUCUCGUACGCACAAAUGCCCCCGCCCGCCAAACCCGUCAUAUCCAACACGGCCCUCACGCGACAGAACCUCGACGAAGCCCUCGCCGCAAGCAAGCCCGACAGCAUCAACGACAAGAUGGCGCGAUAUGAGGGCGCAAACCACCUCGAGACGAUUGAAAUGCUGACGGGGCUGCGCUACAGGGAUGGCGAGCGCUCUCAGGGUAUCAGUACCGGCGAUGUCAGUCCCAACCUCAUCCGUGGCGAUGCAGGCAUACAAAUAUCCCUGGAUCGCGACGGCAGAAACUCGUCGGACAAGAAGAAGAAACUUAAAAUUGCCGAUGAAUAUGUGUGCACUGACUGUGGCACGCUGGACUCGCCUGAGUGGCGAAAAGGUCCAAACGGGCCAAAAACACUAUGCAAUGCUUGCGGAUUGCGAUGGGCAAAGAAGGAGAAGAAGAAGCAGCAAGGCACAAAUUCCAGCAUGCCGAGCGGCAACAACAGCAUGAUGCACACACCAGCCAUGCCUAUGCACAGCAGCACGGGCAGCAGCUGA